GGUAGGAGGCAGCCCGGUGGAAGAGAGAAAACAGAUUGCUGCCAGCCUUUCAGACAGAGCAGCCGCUGUGUGGUUGGCAGAGGACGCUGUGAGUGAUUCAAGGCAGCUCUAGGUGGCAGGGCUACUUGUUGGAACUUGAGCUGCUGAAAAUUAAAUAUAGCCCAAGGCAGUCUCUCUAACUCAAGGAGCAUAAAUUUGACAAGGGAAGAAAUAACAUAAACACAAAUACAAAGGGUCACACUUGAGACAGCAGCCAAAUCUAAGUGAGAAUCCAAAUGACUAUUUGGGUUGUAUUUGUAGGUCACUUUGAAUGGGAAAAGACCAUUCUUUGAAUAUUAGAAUCACAUUCUGCCUUUCCUAAGAGAGGAAACAGGAACAGAACUUGAUUAAAGGAAUAAAGGAUUUGGGGGUCCCUCUCACUCACCUCAUAUGUGAUCAGAUGUGCAGAAACACUGGAAUCCCUUUCUCCUUGCCUCUCUUCCCUAUUCAGCAGGGGUGAAUUUAUCAAUGCCCAUGCAUACAUUAGACAACCUUCCUCAGUAAUACCAAACCAUGUGAGAAGUGGAGAUUCCUUCAGGGUAUUAACUGGGCACACGAAGAAAGACUUUAAGUCCAAGGAGGCAAGAGCUCAAAGCUUCAGGGAAGAUGUCCGAACUUGGCAUUGAAGAAUGGAUACCAUUCAGAGAGGAAGAGAUGUGGGAGGGCAGUCUAGGAAGGACAGCAUGAGCAAAGGCACAGAGGCAGGGAUGUGCAGAGCUCAUAACUAUAGCUCAUAACUUAGAUCUAAGCACUAAUGGUCCUCAGAGGCCUUUUGGGGAGAAGCUUCCCCGACCAUUUUCCCUAGGAAUCCCCCCUGGGGUAUCCCUGUGUGUGAGGGAACCCACAGGGUAGGGGAAAGAAUGGAGACUUCGAUUCAGGAAGGCGACUACAGGCAAGUAACUGAGCCUCAGUUUCCUCAGGUGCUUAAUACACAGGAUUGCUGCGAAAGCCAAAUGGUUAGGAUUGCAGGUCUCAGAAGUACAUGGACAGGAGUCCCAAACCUACUCUGCCAUUUACUAGCUGUGUGGACCUUACGCACGUACGCCCUUAGCGUCACUGAGCCUCAGGUUCUCUUUAGUAAUGUGGCUGAAGUAAUAUCCACCUCAUAUGGUUGAUGUGUGGAGUAACUGAACUAACUUAUAUCAAAUGCUUAGCCGAAGAGUGGCACAUAGCAAGUACUCAGUAAUAACAGCUGAGAAGAUGACACUGCACUACAUAAAUUGAAGUUUCAUUUGUUCCCCAAAGAGUUCUUUGGUGGUUGGCUAAACAGUGCAAAUAAACCAGACAAAAAUCUCGGGACGUGGAACCUACAAAUUCGACCUUCGACCCCAGCACAGACAGGUCCCUCCAGUCAGGCAGGCCCCGCCCAGUCGCUUGCGAGCCCCGCCUAUCAUGUUCCGUCCCGGCCCCGCACUCCUCUGCCCGCGGCCUCACGUCCGCCCCGGCGCGCCUGCGCAAAGUGGGUCGCCGGCCGCUGCGGUGAUGAGGGUGCUGGUGCGGCGCUGCUGGGGGCCCCGGCUGGUCGGUGGCGCGGUGGACCGAAGGCCGAGCCCCCAGAGGCGAGCGCUGGCCGGGCUCGGCGGGUCUGCCGAUGGGAAGGACGACCGGGACGCCCGAGUCCGCGAGAAGCCGCCCUGGCGGGUGCUCUUCUUCGGCACGGACCGGUUCGCCCGCGAGGCGCUGCGGGCGCUGCAUGUCGCCAGGGAAAACAAAGAAGAAGAGUUAAUCGACAGAUUGGAGGUGGUCACAGUGCCUUCCCCAUCACCAAAAGGACUGUCAGUGAAGCAAUAUGCUGUGCAGUGUCAGCUCCCCGUGUACGAGUGGCCAGAUGUGGGAUCUGGAGAAUUUGAUGUUGGAGUAGUGGCUUCAUUUGGCCGUCUUUUGAGUGAGGCUCUUAUUCUUAAAUUUCCCUAUGGCAUAUUGAAUGUCCAUCCCAGUUGCCUUCCGAGGUGGCGUGGUCCAGCCCCUAUAAUCCACACAGUGCUCCAUGGAGACGUGGUUACUGGAGUAACAAUUAUGCAAAUUAGACCUAAAAGAUUUGACAUAGGCCCAGUUCUCAAACAAGAAACCAUUCCUGUGCCACCCAAGAGCACCGCAAAGGAAUUAGAAGCAGUGUUGUCAAGACUGGGUGCUAACAUGCUCAUUUCAGUUUUGAAAAAUUUGCCUGAAAAUCUGAACAAUGGAAGGCAGCAGCCAACAGAGGGGGUGACAUAUGCUCCUAAGAUUUCUGCUGCUACCAGCUGUAUAAAAUGGGAGGAACAAACUUCAGAGCAAAUAUUCAGACUUUAUCGUGCCAUUGGAGAUAUAAUUCCAUUGCAGACGCUCUGGAUGGAGAAUACCAUUAAACUUCUGGAUUUGGUUGAAGUUAACAGCCCAGUCCUUGCUGAUCCAAUGUUAACAAGACAUGCUGUUAUUCCAGGAUCAGUAAUAUACCACAAGCAGUCACAGAUCCUGCUGGUUUAUUGCAAGGAUGGCUGGAUUGGUGUUCGAUCAGUGAUGCUUAAGAAAACACUAACAGCUACUGAUUUCUACAAUGGAUAUUUGCACCCCUGGUACCAAAAAAAUUCCCAAGCUCAGCCAAGCCAAUGCAGAUUUCAGACUCUCAGACUUCCAUCAAAAAAGAAGCAGGAAAAAAAAUUUGUUGCUGUGCAACAGUGCAUUAAGUAGUUAGGAAGAAGAUGGACCUAUUACAUAUUUGUAAUUUAUUAAAAGCCUUAUUUACAAGGAA